AUGAAGAUUUCUGUGGUGGAGGUGGUGUUCGUAGCAUCUGUUGUGGUAGUGUGGUGUGGUGGUCUUGUGGCUUCCAGGCAGUGCCUAUGUGAGGAGGCGACAGGCGUAGCGGACAACAGGGCAGCUAUCUUGGGCUUCAUAGCAGGGCCGGAGCAAGGUCAUGUCAGAGUCCCUUUAGCAAUCGGAUACGAACACCAACGAUCGAAGAAAAGAUUUCUUGCUAAUACUAACAGGAAUUCAAAUGGCGGAUGGACAAAGGUGUUACAAGAUUUAUACGAAUCUAGAUCUAUUACAACUACCAUUGCUUCCGUUACCACGACUCCUAAGGAGAAGGCAGAGACCGACAAUACACAGUCGAUAAAAUGGAGGGAAAUCGUGUUACCAGAGGCAGUGGCGUUUUCCAAAUCACUGGUAACUUAUUUCACGGAAGAAGAACAACUCCGCGCUGAACAGGACUUGAACAGAACCGCAAGAAUCUUCGAGAACAGUUCUGGCGAAGAUGCUCUCCCGACUACAGUGAAACAAGCUCGUUAUUUCUCUUAUUCGGGGAGCUCAUGCGCGUUCGAAUACGUGCUCUUGACGAGACCUGUUGAAACGGAGUCGUCCUCGUUCGAAUUGGUCAUUUUCGGUCCUGGCGAUGACUUCGGGAGACGUGGAUGAGGG